AUGCGUUUGUACUCCUCUCUCGCAGCGGCACUCGCUAUAUCGCCAGCGGCCGCGCUCUGGCCGAUACCCAUCGACAUCUCCACCGGCAACAAGACGCUCUUCAUCGACAAGACCAUUAAUAUUACUUAUAAUGGCGCGCCCCUCACCUACGAACCCGGCUACAACCCCCCCGCGGGCAGCAACUUUACCUCCAAGACCAUUGUCCAGGGCGCGCUCGCGCGCUCGCUGAAGGCCAUCUUCGACGAUGGCUACGUGCCGUGGAUGCUGUACAAGCCCGGGUCCGACUUUGAGCCGCGCUGCGGGCCGACCAGGAAGAACCGCGUGCAGUCGCUGACCAUCACCCAGACCAGCAAGGAUGAGUCAAGUACCUUCAAGCCGCUCGCCGGCCAGCGCGAUGAGUCCUAUUCUCUCAAUGUAACUAUUGACGGGCGAGCCAGCAUCACGGCCCAAUCCUCCAUCGGCGUGAUGCGCGGCCUCGAGACUUUUUCCCAGCUCUUCUUUAAGCACUCCUCGGGCGGCGCCUGGUACAUGACCCAGGCCCCUGUGCGCAUCGCCGACGCGCCCAAGUUUCCGCACCGCGGUAUGCUGCUCGAUGUCAGUCGCCACUGGUUCGCCAUUGAAGAUAUCAAGCGCACGAUUGACGGCCUCUCCAUGGCCAAGAUGAACGUGCUGCACCUGCACAUCACCGACACCCAGUCCUGGCCCCUCGAGAUUCCAGCCCUGCCGCUGCUCGCCGAGCGCCACGCGUACAGCAAGGGCCUGACAUAUUCGCCGGCUGCCAUUGCGGAUCUGCACGAAUACGGCGUCCACCGCGGCGUGCAGGUGAUUCUGGAAAUCGACAUGCCGGGCCAUUUCGGCAUUGAGCGCGCCUAUCCUGGCUUGUCCGUGGCCUACAACGAGCGUCCCUACGGGGAGUACUGCGCGCAGCCUCCCUGCGGCUCCCUCCGCCUCGGCAACGACAAGGUCGAGCAGUUCCUGGAUACCUUGUUUGAAGAUCUGCUGCCGCGUCUCUCCCCCUAUGCGGCGUACUUCCACACCGGCGGCGACGAGUACAAGGCAAACAACUCGCUUCUGGAUCCGGCUCUCAAGACAAAUGACGUUUCGAUUCUUCAGCCCCUGCUGCAGCGCUUCCUGGACCACGCGCACAGCAAGGUCCGCGAGCUGGGCCUUGUGCCCAUGGUCUGGGAAGAGAUGAUCAACGAGUGGAACGCCACCGUUGGCAAGGACGUGGUUGUGCAGUCGUGGUUUGGCCAGGACAAGGUCAAGGAGCUGGCCGAGGCGGGCCACAAAGUGAUUGUCAGCAGCUCGGAUACCUAUUAUCUCGACUGCGGCCGCGGCGAAUUUAUCGACUACGAAAACGGCCCUGCCUUUCAAGGCGCUUACCCUUUCACCGACUGGUGUGCGCCCACCAAGAACUGGCGUCUCAUCUACGCCCAGGAUCCCCGCGCCGGCAUCUCCGACGACGCAGCCGCCAACGUCAUUGGCGGCGAGCUGGCCCUCUGGACGGAAACGGUCGACGCCACCAGCCUCGACACCAUUGUCUGGCCGCGCGCCGCCGCCGCGGGCGAGAGCUGGUGGUCCGGCCGGUACGACGCUGACGGCAAGAACAGAUCCAUGUACGAUGCGCGCCCGCGGCUCUCCGAGAUGCGCGAGCGCAUGCUGGCCCGAGGGGUGCGCGGCGCGCCCAUCACGCAGCUGUGGUGUGAUCAGGCGGACACGAUUGACUGCUCGAGCGAGUAG